CAGGGAGCGAUCGGGCCAGCUGUGGUUGUCACCAGCCAGGCGGGGCAGGGGGAGGCGGCGGUCGCCGCGCUGCCGGGAUGGGUAACAGAGUCGCCAGGGAGGACUUCGAGUGGGUGUACACGGACCAGCCUCAUGCCGACCGCCGCAAGGAGAUCCUGGCUAAACAUCCAGAGAUAAAAGCGUUGAUGAAGCCAGACUACAACUUGAUCUGGGUGGUUGUGCUGAUGGUUCUUGCGCAGCUGGCUGCAUUUUAUCUGGUUAAAGACUUGGACUGGAAAUGGGUAAUCUUCUGGACGUACGUUUUUGGAAGCUGUGUUAGCCACUCCAUGACUCUGGCUAUUCAUGAGAUCUCUCACAAUAGUGCCUUUGGCAACUGCAAAGCAAUGUGGAACCGAUGGUUUGGAAUAUUUGCCAACCUCCCUCUUGGUGUCCCAUACUCUAUAUCCUUCAAGAGAUACCAUAUGGAUCACCAUCGUUACUUAGGAGGUGACGGAAUUGAUGUGGACAUUCCUACCAACUUUGAAGGGUGGUUUUUCUGCACUCGUUUUAGGAAGUUCAUGUGGAUUGUUCUUCAGCCUUUUUUCUAUGCAAUUAGACCUCUCUGCAUAAAUCCCAAACCCAUUACUCGACUUGAAAUAAUCAAUUUGUUGGCUCAGCUUUCCUUUGAUGUCGUGAUAUAUUAUUUGUGGGGAGUCAAAUCCAUUUUUUACAUGCUUGCUGGUUCAUUACUUGGACUUGGGUUGCACCCUAUUUCAGGACACUUCAUAGCUGAACAUUACAUGUUUUUAAAAGGACAUGAGACUUACUCCUACUAUGGGCCUCUUAAUUUGCUCACUUUUAAUGUUGGCUAUCACAACGAACAUCAUGACUUUCCCAAUAUUCCUGGCAAGAGCCUUCCACUGGUGAAGAAAAUAGCAGCUGAAUAUUAUGACAACUUGCCACAAUAUAACUCUUGGAUAAAAGUACUGUAUGACUUUGUGAUGGAUGACACAAUCAGCCCAUAUUCACGCAUGAAAAGGCAAUUAAAGGGUGAAGUGAAGCAAGAUUAAACUUCCGGCAACGAAUAAACUUUGAAAUGUCUGCUUGCUUGAAAGUGGCUGGUAUAAGGUCUCUUGCUAAAGAUGUCCACCAGUGUCCUGAGUUAAGAUGUACAACAACAUAGCAAUGCAUCUUUAAAGAUUUUGUAGCAAACUCCUACCAGCUAUAACAUUCCUUGCAGUCCUUUCAUUGGUUUAAUGUGUUUGUUUGCCUAAGGAUCAGUGUUAUAUGCAUAAUGCUAAAUCACUUUGUUACAGAAUUUACUUUGGCGGGUGUUAAAUCUAUAUAAAAUACCUGUUUGACUCUUAUGUUUUAAAAGUUCUCAAUAUAGUACACUGCCCCAACAUGCUAUUUAGAUGACUGUAGUGUUAAAAAUGUUGUACUUACCUGUUAAUUCUAAACUAACAUGAUUUGUUAACUUAAAUCUUCUGUUGAACCUGUUUCCUAACAUAUGGGUUGAAUAACUACAUUUGCACAGAAAUGUUAAGUUGGCUUGUGUUUAAAUAUGUAAGGUCAUUUGAAGCAUUGCUUUAAAGUUCCACCUUUUCUACUGAAAGUACCUUAAAGGAGCGGUAUAUCAGACUGAAACUCAUCUUGGAGAUGGUUUGUGAGAUUUCCUUGUAAAAAGGUGAGCAAUUCAAGGGUAUUACCAGCUUUGCCACCUACUUUCUCAACUGCUUGCGUUAGCAUACAGCUUGAGCAGCUAGCAUUUUGAAUUGUAUUAUGUAAGCCACAAGGUAACAAUAGAACUACUGGGGUUUUCAUAUUGGAAAAAUCUUGCUACAGUUUGGGGUUUUUCAGAUCUGCAAAGAAAAAUUAUUAGGCUUGUCCUAAUUGGUUUUGCUGUUACUGUGGUUUUAAAUAUUUACACUGCUUUGGAAGUUUGGCUUGUAUGGUAAACUGAGUCAAUUGAAGCAGAUACCGGUCUGGCAAACAAGACUAGCUACAACUACUGACAGCUCUAUCUAUUAAGCACAUUAGUCAUUUGUGUACACAGAAAGGUGUUUCGCAAUGAUCUUGAUUUCCAGCCCCCCUUCCCCAAACCUACAGUAGCCUGCAUAAACAUUUGUCUGUCUUGCAUAUUAAAAUGUGGUGAGAGCACAGAUGGUGGUAUCAGAUUUCCUGCCUACAAAGUUUUUAAUUUAGAACAGAGAAUGGAUAGACUUGCUGAACACUGAAGAAUCUCUACAAACCUCAGCACAGUGUAUUUGCCUUCUGUCAUCUAAUGCAUUGAUGAUGGCUUUAAGCUGUCAAAGAUGGCUAAAAAUCACCCUUAGUUCUCCAAUGGUGAUCCUAUGCUAUAUUCUUCACUUAUCUCAAAGAUGAAAUCUGACAAAGUGGUAAGUCUUAGCUGCUGUCCACACUGGUCUGCUGUAAGUAACUUAAGUUUUAGAUGCUUUCAACAUUUUUUUUAAGAAGAUAAGUGCCUGAAAAGCAUGUAUUUCUUAACCCUUGCUUGACUGCAGUCCUGUUUUCCAUUUUAAGUGUGUGGGCUCUUGUCUCUGGUUAAGCAAUAGAAAUGAUAUGAAAUUGUGCCAACCACUUACAAAAUUACUUAAUUAUGAUGUCAGCAACAUGCUAGCCAGCAUAUUGCUCAGGGUAGACUGUAAUGCCAAAAUAUACUUUUUAAAAAUGUGAAAAUACUUAAUAAGCAAAGAUAAAAAGUCCCUUUAUUAGGACUUCAGUUUUAGAGAAAUUUGGUGUUAAGCAGAUGCAGGACUUGCUUAAUUGAGUGGUGAUAGAGAUGAACUUUUAAGAAUCAUUGCCUCAGAAGAAAACUGACUUGUUGAAAGACUUCCAUUAGGCUUAAGUUACAAAACAGUUUCUUCUUGAGGCACCUCAGCAUGAUGGCUCAAUUUGAGAAGCGAAAGGUGGAAUUAAAUCUCUUUGGAUGGCUUACCAUAGCUGGAUGAAAAGAUGGAAAGUGUCUCCAAAAUGUCUUAUGGCUAAAAGCCAAAGUUAAGAAAUGCAGUCAUUCUGGUUGCUUACUUAAUACAACCAGAGUUUAGGGUCAUAAUGUUAUACUUAGGCUUAAUUACCUUAAUUAUCAUGGAAUCACUGAUGCCCUUUACUGUUCUCCCAGUGGGUAGUGCAAGUGUGAAUUCCUGCUUUUAAACAGGUCUGAAAUUGCCAUUUCUCUUGUUUAUAAUAGCAAUUGUUGCUUUAAGGUGUUCUGUGAUCUUCCCUUCCAAAUCUGACUAUAAAUGUACCUUUUUCACUUGAAAAGCUGCAGAGUAGUGUGAAACUUUGAGGCAGAUAUUUAUGCUUCCCAUAAUUUUUCUGCAGUAUCUGCUACUGCAUAUCUUUGGAGAAGAUUUACUGGACUAGGUUAUUCUGAGCCAGUGAGACUUAAGUUUGGAUCUAUACCAUGGUCUGAUCCUUGCAAGCAUUGGUAAGUACCAUUCUUAAGCAUGUAGUUCAUGUGUAAUACACAAGAGGCUCUGGCAUCUAACUUCAGUGUAGUUUCAUCCCUAGAAGAGUCAGGAGCAUUUCUGAACCACUGGUAAAAGGAAUUAAGACCAGAUGGACUAUGUGAUUAGUAUUUGAUAUAUUCGAAGGGAGUAACUACUUUUAUUGAGUCAUACUAACAAUGUGGUGUGUAGUCCAAAGGUAUGGCACAAAACCAAGAAAAAAUACGUUAACAAACAACAACAAACAUUAACCAUCUAGUUACUCCUUUUAAGGAGUUAAAUAAUUUUUGUUACUACAGUUAAACUACAUCUGGCAGAAACAGGUUAAUGUAACUUUUGAAAUACUUUAUCUGAAAGUUGGAGGGAGCUUUGACUAACCAAUGAAGAACAAAUUAAAGAGCAUUAAGAACCCUGUUAUUUAACCUAAUUAUAAUUUUUAAUCUAUUUAGGUGGAAUGAGUUAACUUUGUCCUUUAUACAUGCUUGUUAGAGUUUGUUCCUUUCUGUGUAAAUAAAGCAUCUUACUAGUU